ACAUCCCUUUUGUUUUAGUUUCCACACUGUGCAAUUACUGUUCCUUUUAAGAAUUUGCCAAACUUUGCUUCAAUGGUAAACCAUUUACCUAAAUGAGCUGCUGUUGAUUGAUUGUUGUCCUUCAGACUAAAGCAGUAAACUCCCUGAAUCGCUGUUAAAGGAAAAAAAUGCUGUCUGCCUUGUCAUUGUGCAACCAAAAUAGUGCAUUCUGUACUAAUAGGUAGAUGUUAAUGAAUGCCCCAUUGUCUUGUGCUUCCUGUUCCUACGUUCGUUUUUGCUAUAUGAAUGCAGCAGCUACUAGUCUUUCAAAUAUUUGUUCAUGUGUUGGGAUUAAACUGAGUUGAGGGGCAUGCCAGCAAAAUGUGUGCCAAGUUCUACAUGCUGUGAAGUAGAGGAGUUACAGCCUGGCCCACAGAGUUAAACAUUACUGAAAAGUGAUUUGAUUGGCAGAGGCAGUUUGCUGUGCUUGUUUGAUGAUGAAGCUCAGUUCAGGAACGGGUUCAGAUUACAAACAGGGGGGAGUGACCAAAGAGGGGAGAGAGAGGGAGAAAAGAUUUACAGACACCACAAGGCUUUUGAGAUUGCAGCGAGCUUGUGAAUGAAGUGUAUCCAAAACCAGGGCUGCCGAGUCUGCUUUUAAUUCUGUGUUGUUGCCCUCUUUGCUUUCUUACUGUACUACUGUCAAGAGAAUUGUUAUCUCUUGUAAUUUAGUUUUCUUUUUUUUUAAAUACGAGAGAGUUCUUUGGAGAGAUGGAUACCCGUGUUCAUUCUGCCAGAGCCGCAUGUUGGAUGUGUGUGUUUGGGUCAUGUUUUCAUUGAUUCAAGUAGUUGAUUUUUCAUCGGAGAUCCGUGGCAGUUGGAUCCAAGUAGUCCAGGGACAACUGUUUCCAGAAGACUACCCGAGGGAACCCACAUUCCUUGCUUUAAUUCAUCCUGUGCAUACGCCUGCUGUGGGGUACGUGGGUCAUAUUCUUGCUGAGUAGUUAAGCCUUUCAAGUGAGGAGUUAUACGGUUAAGAAGAGGAUACUUGUCUUUCAUGCCUAUAUACAGGAAUUCAGAUGGGAUUAGAGUCAAGAUGGAGUUCCAGCACCAGAAAAGCUAUCUUCACUAACAGGAUGCCUAGUUGUUACUUAGUCUGCUGGGCCAUGUUAACCAUGGCAGCAAUAGGUCUAGCACGGCCACAGUUUAAACCUGCUGAUGGUGCAUCAGAAACAGAAGCAGAAGAGCCUCCAUCAAACUACCAAAUAUCUCAGCCUGAAGUGCACACAGCGCAUCCAGGAGAUUUGCUUCAAAUGCAAUGUCCUUUGAAAGAGGAUGUACAGAACAUCAUUUGGACUAAAGCUGGGGAACAAUUGGGGCACAAUAAUAAGACUUACAUUAUCAGAGAGUUCUUGCAGAUUAGUGAUGCCACACAUGAGGAUUCGGGCCUCUAUGCUUGUACUGCAAUUAGACCAGUAGGCAGUGGUAUGGUAUACUUCAUUGUAAACAUUACAGAUGCCAUGUCCUCAGGGGACGAUGAAGAGGAUAGUGAUGGGUCAGAAGAGACAACCAUUGAUGGUAACAAGAUAAGUCCCCCUUACUGGACUCAACCAACUAAGAUGGAAAAGAGAUUGCAUGCCGUGCCAGCAGCCAACACUGUAAAGUUUCGCUGUCCAGCUGGAGGGAGUCCAAAACCAACCAUGCGAUGGUUAAAAAAUGGCCGGGAGUUCAAACCUGAAUAUCGAAUGGGUUCAUACAAGAUUCGUCCUCCACACUGGAGUCUUAUUAUGGAAAGUGCUGUUCCAUCCGAUAAGGGGAAUUAUACGUGUGUGAUAGAAAAUCCCUAUGGAUCCAUAAAUCAUACCUAUCAUCUAGAUGUAGUUGAGCGGUCACCCCACAGGCCCAUUCUUCAAGCAGGAUUGCCUGCAAAUAAAACAGCAUUGGUGGGAAGUGAUGUGGAGUUUGUAUGUAAAGUAUUCAGUGAUGCCCAACCCCAUAUACAGUGGCUGAAGCAUGUUGAAAAGAAUGGCAGUAAAUAUAGUCCGGAUGGAACUCCUUACUUCAAUAUUUUAAAGCACUCGGGGAUAAAUAGUUCCAAUGCAGAAGUUCUGAAUCUAAACAAUGUGACUGAGGCGGACAGUGGCGAAUAUAUAUGUAAGGUCUCCAAUUAUAUUGGAGCUGUCAAUCAGUCUGCUUGGCUCACUGUUGCUCAAUUCUCCCCAAAAGUGCCCGAAGACAAACAAAAAGGGUUGACCUCUCCUGACUAUCUGGAAAUAGUUAUCUAUUGCAUUGGUGUUUUUGUAAUCGUUUGCAUGGUGCUGACGGUUAUUAUUUGCCGCAUGAGGAGCUCUGCCAAGAAGCCAGAUUUCAGCGCCCAGCCAACGGUGCACAAGCUGACCAAAAGCAUUCCUCUGCGCAGACAGGUAACAGUUUCAGCAGAUUCCAGCUCCUCCAUGAAUUCUAAUACGCCCCUGGUGAGGAUCACUACACGACUCUCAUCGGCAGAUGCACCCAUGCUGGCAGGGGUUUCAGAAUAUGAACUCCCUGAAGACCCAAAAUGGGAAUAUUCACGAGACAAGCUGACACUUGGUAAACCACUUGGGGAAGGCUGCUUUGGACAAGUUGUAAUGGCAGAGGCUGUAGGAGUUGACAAAGAUAAGCCAAAGGAAGCUCUGACUGUGGCUGUAAAGAUGCUGAAAGAUGAUGCCACAGAAAAGGACCUCUCGGAUCUUGUUUCUGAGAUGGAAAUGAUGAAAAUGAUUGGAAAGCACAAGAACAUCAUCAAUCUGCUAGGUGCUUGUACGCAAGAUGGCCCAUUGUAUGUAAUUGUUGAAUUCACAGCCAAGGGAAAUCUGCGUGAAUAUCUGCGUGCACGGCGACCCCCUGGAAUGGAAUAUACAUUUGACAUAAACCGUGUAUCUAAUGAACAGUUAACAUUCAAGGACCUGGUAUCGUGUACCUAUCAAGUGGCGAGGGGCAUGGAGUACUUGGCUUCACAAAAGUGUAUUCAUCGAGACUUGGCAGCCAGAAAUGUUCUUGUUACAGAAAAUAAUGUCAUGAAAAUAGCAGAUUUUGGGCUGGCAAGAGAUGUCCACAAUAUUGACUACUACAAAAAGACGACAAACGGUCGACUGCCUGUUAAAUGGAUGGCUCCUGAAGCACUCUUUGACAGAGUUUACACACACCAGAGUGAUGUAUGGUCAUUUGGAGUACUGAUGUGGGAAAUCUUUACCUUGGGAGGAUCUCCCUAUCCAGGCAUUCCUGUGGAAGAACUUUUCAAGCUGCUUAAGGAAGGCCACAGGAUGGACAAACCAGCUAACUGUACCAAUGACCUGUACAUGAUGAUGCGUGAUUGCUGGCAUGCGAUUCCUUCACAGCGACCAACUUUUAAACAAUUGGUUGAGGAUUUGGACCGAAUACUCAGUUUAACAUCCAAUGCGGAAUAUUUGGACCUCUCUGCACCAUUAGAACAGUAUUCGCCUAGUUACCCUGGCAUUAGGAAUUCCUGCUCAUCAGGAGAUGACUCUGUAUUCUCUGACCCCAUGUCCAAUGAUCCAUGUCUUUCAAAGUAUCAACAGCACAUGAAUGGUACGAUUAAAACAUGAAUGAAAAAAGCCGAUUCUUGCAAAACUGACUUUAAACACAGUCUUCCCUGUUUCACAUAUCUUCACGGAACUUGGAUACGAUACAGAAUGUUGGUUGGAUCUGAUUAAAAAGAAAACAAGGAUUGCAAUAAGCUGUUCAUGAAGAAAUGUUCAGCUGUAUAUAUUUUGUUGCAAAGAAGACUGAAUAAGUAUUAUGAGUAAGAUUUUGUUUUUGAUGACUUGGCCAAUUCAUAUUCCAUCAAACGCUGACUGUUGGACAUUGGCAAGACUUAAAGUAGGAAGUUCUGCCUAGAUUGUUAAUUUUGUAAUUUUGGAAAAGUUAUUCAGCAUAAAACUUAAGUGCUGGCUAUAUUUGUAAAUAUGCCCAAAUAUGUAUAAAUAUAUUUUAUAUAUAUAUAUAAUUAUAUAUAUAUAUUUACAGUGAACUAUUUUUUUGUAUGGAUAAAAACGUGAUUCUAUUGCAACCAGAAAAUGAAAACAACUUUUGUCAGAUAACUAAAUGCGCUUGAAAACUGUUUCUGCAGUAAUUCCUAGCACUUCAGUUAUGCAACAUUUUCAAGACACUGAGUUAUUCUUUUUCAGGGAAUAAUUUAUUUAACUGGUAUUUAGCAACAAAACAAUUAAUCUUAAUUUCUUGUAUAAUGUGUGGCUUUUGCAAGCUGGGAUAUGGAUUGAACUUUAAACAUAUUGGAAUGGGUGUUAUAAUAGUUCUGUCUAAGCUCAGGUGUUUGGCCAGAAAAUUACCUUUCGAUAUAAAGCAGCAAAUAGAUUUUCACUUGACGUUUUGCAUAGUGAGAAUGUGUGAAUUCGUCCUCUUAAAUCUGGCCAUCCACUAGGUUUCAAUGCUUGCUGAUGGAAAAUAAUUAGAGAUCCAUCAAGACAAUAAAUUUGCAAUGACAUGGUUUUGGACACAAUGGCUUGGUUUACCUCAGUCGUGAUGAUGUAAGAAGAGAUGGUGAGGAGGAGUAUAAAAAUGGCCAUUUCCUUGUCCAAUCUUCCACUCACAAUACUAAUUCGACAAGAUCAGAUUUCAUGCUCAUUUUCUUCUCUAACUUUUUCCAUCUUGGCCAGAGACCUUUGGAUAACUGUUUGGUAGGCCUUGGCAAGUUAAUUACAGAUUGCCAAACUUCUUCAGUGGAGGAGGAAGGCGAAAUAAAGCUUCCCACAUUCCAUUACUGUUCCAAAGACUUCACGAAUAUAUCCCCUUCAGCACAACUAUUCUGUUUUCUAGCGUUAUCAGUCUUGUUCUGGAGUGCUGUGGUGCAUGCCCUGCAGGAGCAUUGUCGGGAUUGUUCCUCCAUGGGGCCCAAGUCCUCUGCCUUGCAAUGGCAAUGAACCUGGCAGGUCAACACUGUAUUAGAUGGGACUAUGAUCCUGAUAAAUGGGUUAAGGCUAAUGGCAGAGGUGUAGGAGCUUAAAGAAAAUGCUGCUUUAAUUCUGUUAAGACACAUUAGGUGAGGUUAAACUCAAAAAGGUUGAUGCUGUAUUCUUUACAACUGUAAAAUAACAUAGAAAUAUGUGAAUUCACUCCAAAUUAUUAGCAUUUUCCACAAUUAAUAGAAAUUGAUUGUACCCUUAAUCACGCUAAAGUACCUUCUAUAAAUAUAGGUGACCUAACCUUCACUAAAGUCUUUUAUUUCUACCAGUGUUUACUCACGAUUUCCAGCAUCUGCCAUCUCUUGUGUCGCCAUUAAUUUCUGUCAUAUAUAUUUCUAAAUGUAAAUUGUAAGUUAUUGUCAGUUUGGUUUUGAAGAUCUGAUACCAAUUUGUCAAUCUACAUGAUCAGAAGAGUUUAACUAUUUGUGAACUGAAAUACCUUUGAAAGUCUAAAACACUAUUUGAAAGUCUACAAGUACCAAUUUAUUUGGCUGCUGGACAUAGGUAUUUAGUUGUGAAAUUAAAAUUGACAAGAUUUUCCAUGAGGUAGAAUAGUUUCCGAAGUUGCUGUUGCUUUGACAUUGCCUCGUAGUAAGUUUAAUCUCUUACUCUUGAACAAGAUUGUGUUCUGGUUUGCUAGUUAUCAUCAUUGGGUGUUUUAAUGAAAUAAGAUGUAGUAUAAUAGACACGAAUGUUAAGGGACCAUUUAAGUGCCCUGAACAAUUAUCUUCACUGUUUUUCAGUAUUAUCAUUUCCCAUAAACUUGUUUUAACAUGUCACAAGUACACUCUCAUCUUGUUACCUCCAUCAAUGAGCUUUCCAAUCAGUGCCAAAAUGACCAGUGAAACAAUGGUAUCUUUACAGGUUAUUGCUAGAUUAUAUAGAACAUAGUUGCUGUGACCUCAGAAGGCUCAACACACUUUUCUCUGAGUUCUUUUUUUAGGAUUCCUGAUAAAUGGGUUAUGGCUAAUGGCAUAAUAAAUCCUAGUAGGACUGAUCUGACAACAAACCCUAUUCUAACUCUGAAAUAAUAUCAAAUAAAUUACAUUUCUGAUCUUCCUUUUAUUAAAAAUGACAUGGUCUUCAAUUAAGAAUAAUUGAUUAAUUGUGUGAAGCAAUAUAGACCAGUGAUCUGAAGUUGAAAACUUGUUUGUGAUCCAGUGCCGACUUCAUUCAUUGGAUCUGUUAUACUUGUGCUCCAGGAAAACAUGUUUAUCCUGUCCUGGCAUUGAAAUUGAUCGGAAGCUAUUGGCAUUGUAUUUGUUCAUGCUUCACAUAGCUUAGUCAUUUUCCUUUGCUUUUCAAUACCUAAAAUAGUACAGCAUUAGGCCUGAAUAACCCUGUAUCUAGAUCACUAAUUUAAAGUGCACUCUAGCAAAGAAAACCAAACAGCUACCCAACAUUAGAUUACCAAAGCUAGAAGGGCUUUAAGUGAUAAGUAUGUUGCUUGAAAUGAUAGGUAUGGUCAUUUUGAUCUGAAAAUAAUCAGGAUGUUACAUAUUUAGUUUAGCUAUAAAAGCACACUACUACAGAAAUGUAACCAGCUCGAAAUGAUGAUGAAUAUUACUUAGCAAGUCCUUUAAAAUGCAAUGUUAGAGUGGAAUAGGAAAAAAGAAAUGACACUAUAAGAUGUGUUUGCCCAAUGUAACAUAAAUGAAGUAACUAGAGGAUAUAUACUAUGUUGGCAGGAAAACAUGCAAGACCAAAAUUUAGUCUGUUGCUUUGCUUUGGUGAGAGGGUGUGUAGUUCAUUCUUAUCUACAUUCCACUACUUUGUAUAUUUUUAUAAAGCAUUUGUCAUCCUCUGUGUUGUAAUGUUCAAAUUUGUGCAUGAUUUCAUAACACAAUGUACAACUAAUUUAUUGAUUUUUUUUUUUUUACAAAAAAAGUUCUAUUUUGUUGUUACAAAUUUUCAAAUAGCUAAAAGCCUAAUUAAGGCUAUAAAUGAUUUGUUUAUAUGAAAUAUGUGCUUCUAUAUUAUGCUAUUUGUUCUGGUUAAAUACUGCUGGACACAUUAUUAAGCAAACGAAAUGUAACCAAAACUUAGUUUACUUGUCCUUUAAAUGCCUAAGGACAUCCCUUUUUAAUUUAAAUGUUAUUCUUUUUCCCUGACAUGACCUGUAAAAUUGUUGACCAACACAAUGUUGAUACUGAUUAUUUGAGAGAUAAUAAAAUAUUCAAAGCCCACUAUAAAUUGUCUGCUGUUGCAUAAACUGCAUUUUGCCACCAGUAGAAACAAUAAAUUGAGGCUUUAGCUUUA